AUGCAUCUCUCUUUGCAGACGAUGCAAGCAGCACGGUGCCCGACAGAUGAGUUGUCGCUGACAAAUUGCGCCGUGGUCAGCGAGAAAGAUCUGCAGUCCGGACAACAUGUUACGGUGAAGACCACACCCAACCAUAAAUUUGUGUUUACAGUCAAGACUCAUCACACUGUGGCACCUGGUUCAAUCGCCUUUAGCCUUCCACAGCGAAAAUGGGCCGGCCUCUCCAUUGGCCAGGAGGUGGAAGUCUCCAACUACAACUUUGACAAGUCCAAGCAGUGCAUUGGAGCCAUGACGAUCGAAAUUGACUUCCUGCAAAAGAAAAGUACAGACUCCUCACCUUAUGACUCGGACAAGAUGGCUGCCGAGUUCAUCCAGAAGUUCAACAGCCAGGGCUUCUCUGUCACACAGCAGCUGGUUUUCAGUUUCUGUGACAAACUCUUUGGACUGGUCGUCAAAGACAUUGAGGCAAUGGAUGCCAGCAUCCUCAAAGGUGAAGCCGCCUCUGGAAAGAAACCACAGAAGAUUGAUGUUGGGCUGUUGGUGGGGAACAGCCAAGUGAUUUUUGAGAAGGCGGAGAGUUCAUCCUUGACACUUGUUGGGAAAGCAAAGACCAAGGAAGCCCGUCAGACAAUCAUCAACCCAGACUGGAACUUUGAGAAAAUGGGCAUUGGAGGUUUGGAUAAGGAAUUCUCUGACAUUUUCCGAAGAGCUUUUGCCUCGCGAGUCUUCCCUCCUGACAUUGUGGAGCAGAUGGGCUGUAAGCACGUGAAGGGUAUCUUGCUGUUUGGACCUCCAGGCUGUGGUAAAACCCUAAUGGCAAGACAGAUUGGCAAAAUGCUUAAUGCCCGUGAGCCAAAGAUUGUCAACGGCCCCGAAAUCCUCAACAAAUAUGUGGGCGAGUCCGAGGCCAACAUUCGCAAGUUGUUCGCUGACGCAGAAGAUGAGCAAAAGCGGCUGGGAGCCAACAGCGGCCUUCAUAUCAUCAUUUUUGAUGAGUUGGAUGCCAUUUGUAAGCAGAGGGGCACAGGGGCUAGCAGCACAGGUGUGCACGACACUGUGGUCAACCAGCUUCUAUCCAAAAUUGACGGCGUGGAGCAACUCAACAAUAUUCUGGUCAUCGGAAUGACCAACAGGCCUGACCUGAUCGAUGAUGCCCUCAUGAGGCCUGGCAGGUUUGAAGUCAAAAUGGAAAUUGGUCUUCCUGAUGAGAAAGGCCGCGUUCAGAUUCUCACUAUUCACACAAACAAGAUGCGAAACUUCAACUUAUUGGCUCAAGAUGUCAACAUACCAGAACUAGCAGCCGAGACCAAGAACUACAGCGGCGCAGAGCUGGAGGGAUUGGUCAGGGCCGCCCAGUCCACUGCAAUGAACCGACACAUCAAGGCUACGUCUACAGUUGAGGUUGACAUGGAGAGGGCCGAGAAGCUGCAGGUCACCAGAUCUGACUUCAUGGGAUCCCUCAACAAUGACAUUAAACCUGCAUUUGGCACCAACCAGGAGGAUUACUCCAGCUACAUCAUGAAUGGCAUCAUCAAAUGGGGUGACCCAGUUUCACAUAUCCUCGAUGAUGGAGAGCUACUGGUACAGCAGACCAAGAACAGUGAUCGCACACCACUGGUGGCUGUGCUGCUGGAGGGUCCACCACACAGUGGCAAAACAGCUCUGGCUGCCAAGAUAGCAGAGGACUCUCAGUUCCCCUUCAUUAAGAUCUGUUCUCCGGACAAGAUGAUUGGACACUCAGAGAUCUCUAAGUGUCAGGCUAUUAAAAAGGUCUUCGAUGACGCUUACAAAUCCCAGCUCAGCUGUGUGGUGGUUGAUGACAUUGAACGUCUGCUUGACUAUGUCCCAAUCGGACCGCGUUUCUCCAAUCUGGUUCUUCAAGCCUUGCUGGUGCUCCUGAAGAAAGCACCACCCAAGGGUCGAAAGCUGCUCAUCGUUGGCACCACCAGCAGGAAGGAUGUCCUACAGGAGAUGGAGAUGUUGGACGCCUUCAGCACCACCAUCCACAUUCCAAACAUCUCUACCGGAGAGCAGCUUGUUGAUGCUUUAGAGCUUCUGGGGAGCUUCACAGACAAAGAGAGGGCCAGCAUUGCUCAGCAGCUUAAAGGAAAGCGAGUCUGGAUCGGCAUCAAGAAACUCCUUGUGCUUAUCGAGAUGUCGCUGCAGAUGGACCAAGAUUACAGAGUGACCAAGUUCCUGACUCUGCUUCGAGAUGAGGGAGCGUUGAAUGAGGGUAACCAAAUCCGAAUUUAA